GGGGUGGGGGGCAAUAUAUUUUACCAUAUUGAAUUUUAUAACACAUUACAAAGUAUGCAGUUUCGUUCACUAUAUGUGACGAAAUGCCACAAGGUGAAAAACAGGUGUUGACGACCACAUUACAUAGAUAUUCACGUUAUACAAAAUAUUUAUUAACGAUAAUGCUAUAUUUUGGUGAGAUUUUUGUCAUCAUUCUUUUUGCUUUUACAUCCUAUGCAAGCCUACAGAAAGGGGCAUUAAGAGUGCAGUUUCAGUCACCGGCAGUACCACUCCUACAUAGUAAUGCAACUGUAAGAGAAUUUUAUGAGGGUGACAUUGCUGUACCAUUUUUCACCGUACUACAGUCUGAUGUGUCUCUAGUCCUGUACUAUGCUCCAUGGGAUUUUGAUUCUCAGUUAGCAAUUCAGGAUUUUGAGAAAAUUGCCAACAAAUACAAAGGCCAGGUAUUUUGUACUUCAAUAAACUGUUGGGUACAUAGUGGAUUGUGCAAGAAAACUUUCCUUAAACUUAGGAGUUUCCCUUUGAUAUUGGGUUAUGUCGGAGCAAGUAGAGGUAUUCAGUAUAGAGGCCCUUUACAAUAUGACUACUUAGAUAAGUUUGUUCAAAGUUUGCUUACACCUCUUAUAAGGAUUGAAACUGUUGCAGACCUCAACAAAUUAUUGAUUCAGUCAGCAGUUGUUGUAACAGGUUUCUUCAAUUUUGAUUUGGCAAAGCCAAAAGGAUUUUACCCGUUUUACACAGCGUCGUUAAGAUAUCUAGAAUAUGAUAGCCGCAAGACUGUUGUAUUCGCAGUUAUUACAAAUCCUUCCGCUGCACAAAGGCUAGGAAUCCGCUUGUCAAUGCCUAGGCAAUUUGACUUGCGAUUACACUUGUGGAAUGAGACCCUGAUUUAUCCUUAUAAUGAUAAUGCUAUUGACACAAGUCAGCUUCUGCAAUGGAUUCAUUAUCGGAGUCAUUCUCCAAUGCAAUUCAUUUCUCCGAGUGGUCGGAAAAACCAGGUUAUUCAACGUUACCUUAUUGAGCAACAGCGGCCGUCGCUGAUCCUCUUUACUCCUAGUUCGAUACUUUCAUAUCAAACCAUGGUGGUGAAAGAAGUAGCCUUGAACUACUACAAUUGUGUUUCUUCUCCUCGAAUAACCAGACUUAUCCAAGAAAGUGAAAUUCAAAGAGAUGCAAUGGAAUUUUCUCGAUUAGCGUUCGAGAGACAGUGUGGUAUAUCCGAGAAGAGGAAAUGCCUUUCUAACAAUAUCUCUAUCAACGCACAUCAACCAAGUAAAGAUGACAUUAGCGUUGAGGAAAAAUGUGAAUUUAGUUACGAACCGAUAUUGCCGAAAUUAGAGGGACUCGGUUGCCGUACAAACCGUACUUUAAAUUUCUUUGUAAUUGAUUCACACCAGUAUCCAAAUUUGCUCAUUAAUUUGGGUUACUCCUCCAAACGGAUUAACCAAAACAGUUAUGUCGUUUUCGUUGUCGAUCCUAUGGCGGAAUCACAUUACGCCAUGACUCUGCCAUUGACAAGGCAGAACUUACAGAACUUUGUUAUUAACUACACAGAAAAAAGGCUUAGAAGGUUUCAUCGCAGUCGACAGAAAAAACAAAAAACAAAAAAGUCCUGCUAUGCUGGGCGAGUUUGCAUUGAAGAGAUAUCAGCCGAUGACUUCACCACAAUCGUCCUUGAUCCAUUGUACGACGCAUUAGUACUGUACAAAAAGAAAGGCUGUGUGUUUUGUGAGAUUGGGGCUCGUUUCUUUUUGAAAAUUUCUCAGAUGUUUUCUUCACCAUCUUCUUCCAUUCUGAAAAAAACCAACGUGCGGCAGAUCAAAUUUGCUACUAUAGACGCUGAAGAGAACAUCCUACCAUGGCAAUAUACCGUUGAUAAAUUCCCUACCAUCAUAUUUUACCCAGCCCACAGGAAACAUGACAGCCGUAUAUAUCCACAUAAUUUGGAAUUGAAUGAGGCCAACUUGCUAAAUUUUACACUUUCCCAUUUGAGUCUAAAAAAUCGUAUAAUUUGGUUCACUCGGUUUUGCCAAGAUACCGCUUGCUUACAAGAAGCCCAACGACAAAUAGAUGCUCAAAUCAUUAUCAUUGAACGCAAUAUUCGGAGAUCCCGCAAUCAUUUACUGUGGCCGGAAAACAGCGAUCGGAAGUCAGUUGCGAAGAUUCAAAAUUAUGUGAAGGAACGUCAUUUUUUCAAAGAGUUAGGAUACUCUGUCAGAAAAGCAGUCGUUGAUAUUCCAGGAGGACACAAACCAGACGAGUAUCGCGAUGGAAUUGUUCUACUCGCUUAGUUGCUUCUUUUUUAAACUUUCAUAUUAUUUGUUCCCGCUAGUUAUUUGCAGAAAUGUAAAACGUUAAAAAUCCAUGUUUUACCGAUAAAAACUUGAAAAGUUC